UAUUUCUUUUUAACUAAAUUAACUAUCUUCUCUUAAUCCUAACUAGGCUCCAGAGGUCGGUUUUGCAACAAAGCUUUGAUGCAAGCAUCAGCCCAUCAAUUAGUUGACCGCCUUUGGAAAGCCCUUGGAGACGAAAAUUUCUCAUCAACGGCGGUUCCCCAACAUAAGCUUCUACUUGUUGAAGCUGCAAAAGUAGGGAACGUUGAAUUUCUAAUUAUACUUAUACGCUUAUCCCCAUCUCAUAUGGAAAGUUGACGAAGAACAUGGAACUUUAUUUCACGUUGCUAUUAAACAUCGACAAGAGCAUGUUUUUAAUUUAAUACAUGAGAUAGGUGCUUUGAAGCGCAUCCUUGCGAGCUAUCAUGCCAAAGGGAGAAACAGCAUGCUGCACUUGGUUGGAAAAUUGCCUUCUUUAGAUCGAUUGAAUAUCAUCUCAGGAGCAGCCCUACAAAUGCAACGAGAGUUGUUGUGGUUUCAAGAGAUUGAAAAGAUUGUGCCGAAGUCAUAUUUGAGCGAGCAGAAUGUUAAAGAAGAUACUGAUGGAGAUACUGAUGAAAACGGAGACACACCUAGGGAUAUAUUUGUGAAGACCCAUGAAAAACUACAGAAGGAUGGUGAAAAGUGGAUGAAGGACACGGCAAACUCUUGCAUGCUCGUGGCAGCACUAAUUGCCACUGUGGUUUUCCCAGCUGCCUUCACAGUACCAGGUGGCAACAAUCAAGAAACAAGCAUUCCUAUCUUUUUGGAAAGUAACUGGUUUACAGUAUUCCUCGUAUCAGAUGCAGUAGCUAUGUUAUUCUCUUCGUCUUCAAUAUUAGUUUUCUUGUCAAUUCUCACAUCACGUUACACAGAGAAAGAUUUCCUCAAAUCAUUACCUCGUAAAUUGGUGUUAGGACUUGCUACGCUUUUAAUCUCGAUAGUAGGAAUGCUGAUAGCCUUCACUGCAGCCUGUUUUUUGGUCUUUAAAAGCAAGACAAGUGUUCCGAUCCGUAUAAUUGUUGCAGCACCAGCUAUUCCAAUAAGUUUGUUUGUUAUCCUACAUUAUAGCCUUUGGUUUGAUAUAUUCUGCUCAGCAUUCAGUUCAAAUAGGUUCCUUUUCCGGUCACAGAAUAGGCUUAAUUUUCAAUUCCAAGUCAGCAAUGGUUGUUGAAGAAUUUAAGAAUGACAACCAAACCGGAUACAGUGAUAGAACCCAAGUAAUUUUGAACUAGGCCAGGAAAAAAUCUGGUCCGGAUGAACAGGCAAUUCCUCAGUGUGAAUAAUGUUGGUGUUUUAAAACCCCCGGGUACCAGGCUACUGCUAAUUAUUGUAUGAAAGCUGCUAUUUUUUUUUUAUUAAUUAGGACUCUUGAAACUCUCAUUUGGAUAACUCUAUCAUGUUUAUCAUUAUAU